AUGGCGGUUUCAGAGGAUGCCUUAAUCGCCACUCUCUGCAACUCUGUCCAAGCUCUGGGCCGCGGCUUUGACGUCACCUCUGACAUCAGGCUGCUGUACUGUAAGGGCGCCACAGGGUCCCGUUUGGUGCGUGUUGACGAAGAGCGGACGAGGAAUCUUGAAAUUGCCGAAUCUUGUUCGAUCCCAAAUGUGCCCGUUGACAUUGGGUGCUCUAAGGGGCAGAGUUUUAAUGAGACGACACCUAUGGCAAAAUACUUCAACGAAAAGUCGAAUUUACCGGGCCAAAUACCGCUCGGGAGCUUUAAUGCUAUGUUUAAUUUCAGUGGCUGUUGGCAAAUCGAUGCCUCCUCUACAAAAUCACUUGCAAUGGUGGGAUAUGUAAUCCCAUUGUUUACCGUUAAGCUUCUUAAUUCAAAUUUAAUCUUGCGUGAUGAAAUUAAACGUGCAGUUCCUUACUCUUGGGAUCCUUCAUCUCUAGCAAGCUUUAUUGAAAACUAUGGGACCCACAUAGUUACCUCGGCAACUAUAGGUGGUAGGGACAUUGUCUAUGUUAGACAGCAUCAAUCUUCACCUUUAUCAGCUUCAGAUAUCGAAAACUAUGUGAAAGACAUUGCAGAUCAGAGAUUUUCAGAAUCUAAGGUCAACACAAGUGCAGGCGCUUUAAAGUAUAAGGAUAAGGAUGUUACUGUGAUUUUCAGAAGGAGAGGAGGAGAUGAUCUCGAGCAGAGCUAUGUAAAGUGGGCCCCGAGUGUAGAAAACGCACCCGAUUUGAUCGACAUGACAUUUACGCCUAUUGUGUCUUUGCUUGAAGGAGUGGCCGGAAUAAAGCACUUGGCUCGUGCUAUUGAGUUGUAUUUAGAAUACAAGCCGCCUAUCGAGGAUUUGCAGUAUUUUCUAGAUUUUCAAAUAUCUCGCGUUUGGGCCCCAGAACACAACUUGCAAAGGAAAGAGCCUGUUUGCCAGUCUCUUCAGUUCAGCUUAAUGGGCCCUAAGCUUUACAUAAGCCCAGAUCAGGUGACAGUCGGGCGUAAGCCAGUGACUGGACUCAAACUCAGCCUAGAAGGCCCGAAACAGAAUCGCCUAGUCAUCAACCUUCAGCAUUUGGUCUCUCUCCCCAAGAACCUCGGGCCUCACUGGGAGGCCCACGUGGCCAUAGGCCCGCCUAGGUGGCAAGGGCCCGAAGAGCAAGACAGCCGUUGGUUCGAGCCCAUCAAGUGGAAGAACUUCUCACAUGUGAGCACGGCCCCAAUCGAGUUCACCGAAACCCACAUUGGUGACCUGUCGGGGGCCCACAUUGUCACGGGGGCCCAACUUGGGGUGUGGGACUUUGGGGCCCGAAGUGUUUUGCACCUCAAGCUUUUAUUCUCUAAGGUGCCUGGGUGCACCAUAAGGCGAUCUGUAUGGGAUCACAGCCCGUCAAUGUCAGCCGGGCCCUCGAUGGGCGAGGGGUCGGGGGGGCAGAUUGGUAAAUUGGCGAAAAUUGUGGACUUGUCGGAAAUGUCGAAAGGGCCCCAGGACUUGCCGGGACACUGGCUUGUGACGGGGGCUAAGCUCGGGGUCGAUAAGGGGAGGAUCGUGUUACGUGUCAAGUAUUCGCUGUUGAAUUAUUGAUGGAUUUUUUUUAUUUUUUUUGGUAGGAUUUUUUUUAGUUUGUGUUUCUCACAUUCAUAGUCUAGCAAAAUUUGAAAGUUUUUUUUUUUAUUAUUAUUAUUAUUGUUAUUUGGUCGAAGUGUUGGAUUUAUUUUUGUGUACAUUUGUUGAUAUUGUACCGAUUAUAUGUGUAAGCAAUAAAUUUUGAGUUGCAUUUUGUAUCAUCCUUAUGUGAGGAGCCUUUUUUUACAUGGAGCAUUUUGACAUGCAGCAAUAUUUUAGAUGUUACUCUGCUAAGAGUAUGUAAAUUGACCUGAUGAUUGUGAAAGAGGGGCUGGUGAUUAUGUAGCCGGAAUACUUUGCUGACUGACCGGAUUCCGGCGAGCGUUGAACCACCGGAGAAAAAUGUUGGCUGAUAAUUCUUGAGGAAGGAUCAUCAAGAAUGAGUAGAAUUGAAUCUACUCAUUUUCUCAAUGGUUAUUUGAUUUAUUUUUUUUCAAAAUUCAUUGUUUGAAAAUUUCGUUAGAGAG